AUGGGGAAAGCAGUUGGUCGGCUCGAUGAAAAUCUUAUUUUAGUCCUGGUAAAUACAUAUUCUCUUAAUUAUAUUUGGUUAUCGUCACAAUUAUUCACAUACAAUAUCACAAAUCCAAAUACUUUCGCUGUUACAUCAAUUUUCCCUAACGUUCAACAAACCUUGUCAUCUUCAUUUGGUCCAAUCUUUCUGUCCUUUUCCAUUACUCAUAAUGGUACUGUCGUUCUGUUAGAUUCUCAAGGUAAUUAUUACAUUAUUCUUCCAUCAUCCGCUGGUUCAUUAUCUGACACAAGUACAAACACAAUUUCAUCAUCAACAUUAUGCAUUGGUGGAACUUACAGUACGAAAUUGGAUGUUUUCUCGUGUUUACUCUGUCCACCGGGUACGUCAACAAAUGGUCUCACAGGUCAAUCAUCAUGUUUACCAUGCAAAAACAAUUCAUUUUGUCCACUGGGUUCAUCAUUCGGAAACAUAGAUAGUUCAUCGGUAUUACUUUCGACUAUUAACCAGGGAACUCCGUAUCCCAUAUCUCCGUUUUCGAUUCGAUUUGACAAUAUUCUAAUACAGAAUAUGUUUACAAUUCGUAAAUCGAUGUCAAAACAUUGUUUGAGUGUGUCGCCACUCUUUUGGACAAUCAUUGUGAUUGUUUUGGGCUUAAUCAUCUGGUUUGUGCUAUUCGCUCUUAGUCGUUGUGCGAAAGAUUCAAUGGGACACAAAGCGCAUCAACAGAUGAAAAGAUUUUUGAAAAGAACGGAUCUGAUCGGUGAAGGAGAAAUGGUCAUCGGCGGAUUAUUUAGUUUUUCCAUUAUCGUUCUUGUUUCGUUCGCUUAUUCAUUCAGUAAUGCAUAUUUUCAUCGUUAUCCAAUAGAAGACUUGAAAAAUGAAGCGACAUUCGCUUGUGAUCCAACAUUGAAGAAUUCUCAAUUCAGUUCAAGUUUAAUGGCACUUGUGGUUCCUCCAAACGACGAUGAAAUUCCACUAUUUUCUCUUCUUGAUAGUCAACCAUUUACAUUACACAUCGAUUUUGUCAAUACGCUUUUCAAAUGUACUGAUAUAACUGCUUUACAACUUAAAGACACUACCUUGCCGAUGCUUAUCUCUUCUUGUCAUGACGAAGGUGGAAGUGUUUCGAUUUCACUGGCAUUACCAACACAUUUGAUUAAGAUGCAAAUUCUCCUUGAGGGCACGAACACGAUCGGUGCUCUUCGAAUUGGUUUGGAAGCACACGGUGUGGAGGAAGAAAACGAAACAUUCGAAGUUGAUUACAAAGUAUUCGAUCUGAUGUUUGCACAAGCUUUGUUCGUUUCAGGAAGAGUACUCACUCAACAACCAUCAUGUGUAUUAACACUGACGAAAGUUAUUAAUCGAACAUAUCCAUUAAUGGAAGAAGAAGAAACGAAAUUAAGUGGAAUGUGGUUACCAACAUUGUCCGGAGAUGUUAAUCAAAUGUUUGUCGAUGAUAUUGAAUAUAAAUAUUCAACAAGUAGUAGUACGAUUCUCUCGAUUACCAUUGAUGAAACGCCAUUUUAUACGUUGAAUGUACAAAAACCGAUUACUGACGAAGAGGAACUGAUUUUUAGCAAUUUACUCUUUACAAUUGUUUGUUUGGAAAUUUUUGGCUUGGGAUUUCUCAUCGCGAAACUUAUCAUCAUUCCUCUGAUUAAACAUUUAUAUUUUUGUUUCAAAAAGAAAAACUCAAUGAGCAGAAUUGACGAGAAUAAUCCGAAUACAUGGACACCUUCAUCGGUUCGAAUGUAA